GCUCCAACCGCGCACGAGCGAGUACGUGUCAUCACUGACGGUUAAUUUCCUCCAUCAAGACGUCGUCGGCACCGGCACAGUUGAUACCACAACACGGCAUGUGCACCUGACCCCAGUCGCGAUACCGGCUCCAACAAGAUCCCCGUGACAAACACAAGUGAGUCUGGAAUAGUGUGAAAGUUUUUUUCGUGAUUCCGAAUUCCCUAUUGCUGUCGAGCGAUAGUUAUCCAAAACAUCUGCAGAAUUAAAAUGAUACCCCGGCGAAAACACAAUGCUUCCUCAGGAUCGCUCCCACCACCAGAUGACAAGCACGCCAGCAAUGAUUAUAUACUGUCAGACAGUACCAAGGAAGGCUGGCGUGCUAUUAUCAAACGAAGGCUCAACCGCAAAACACUGCAUAAGAGGAUUCCGGUUACAUCUUGGUUACCAAAGUACAAUACAGAAAAGGCCAUCGGUGAUCUUAUAGCUGGUAUUACGGUCGGUUUGACAGUAAUCCCUCAAUCGUUAGCCUAUUCAAAUAUUGCGGGUUUACCGCCGCAGUAUGGAUUAUACGGUUCCUUUCUCGGUUGCUUCAUUUACAUACUCCUUGGAGGAUGCAGGGCAGUACCAGCUGGACCCACGGCUAUCGCAUCUCUACUGACCUGGCAAGUUGCUGGAGGAGUGAUAGAAAAAGCGAUAUUACUUAACUUCCUAACUGGCCUCAUUGAGUUGUUGAUGGGAGUACUCGGUUUAGGGUUCCUAAUUAACUUCGUAUCAGGUCCUGUAUCUUCUGGAUUUACGUCGGCAGUAGCACUUAUGAUAGCGACAUCACAAGUCAAAGAUCUCUUUGCUAUAACUGUGACUGGAACGACAUUCUUGCAACAGUGGAUUUCGGUAUUCAAGAAUAUACACAAUGCAUCGCUGUGGGAUCCCAUUCUUGGAUUUUGCUGUAUCGCCCUCCUCCUUUCAAUGAGGAAAAUCGGAAUGUUAAAACUCGGUGAGAAGUCAGCGGAUGGUCCGAGUACAAGGCACAAAGUGUUGACAAAAUGUAUGUGGCUGUUGGGAACUUGUCGGAAUGCAAUUGUUGUUAUACUCACUGGAGUACUCGGCUACUGGUUUGUAACCACGAAGGGUUCAUCUCCUGUUCGCUUAAUGGUCGAAGGUGUACCGGGCGGUGCCAUUCCCUCUGGAGUACCAGUGCCAACCGUCCCACCAUUCACCUACGUUCGAGCUGACAAUACCACUGCAGACUUCGUAGACAUGGUCUCGGAACUUGGAUCCGGUCUUCUCGUGAUACCCUUAAUUGUUUUACUGGAAGAUAUAGCGAUCUGCAAGGCUUUUUCUGGAGGGAAGACCAUAGAUGCCACUCAGGAAAUGAUUGCGUUGGGUCUGAUGAAUCUUGGCAAUUCUUUUAUGCGAGCGUACCCGGGUGGCGGAUCGCUGGCUCGGUCUGUGGUGUCCAAUGGCUCGGGAGUUAAGACCACAUUCAACGGGUUGUAUACUGGUCUGAUGGUGAUACUUGCUCUACAGUUCUUUACCCAGUACUUUGAAUUUAUCCCGAAGGCUGCACUGGCUGCUGUCAUCAUCUCUGCUAUCCUGUUCAUGGUGGAAUAUGACGUCAUCAAACCCAUGUGGAGAGCCAAGAAGCUGGACUUGAUACCUGGACUGACGACUUUCGUGCUCUGCCUGGCUUUACCAAUUGAGAUGGGAAUCCUUACUGGAGUCGUGGUUAACAUUGUAUUUAUUCUGUAUCACGCAGCGAGACCGAAGUUUUCUGUUGAGAUGCUUAAAACGGAGCAAGGAGUAGAGUAUCUGAUGAUAACACCAGACCGCUGCCUCAUGUUCCCUUCAGUUGAUUAUGUCCGACGUCUUGUUACCAAAUGCGCGACCAGCAACUCCGUUCCUGUAGUCAUAGAAUGUACACACAUCUACAGCGCCGACUACACGGCAGCAAAGAGCAUAGAGCAGCUAACUGCGGACUUUCACGCGAGACAUCAACCAUUAUACUUCUACAACGUAAAACCUUCAGUCUGCUCAAUCUUUGAAGCCGUCGCGAAGCCAGAACAUUUUGUUGUCUUCUAUGAAGACGAGGAAUUAGACAGGCUUUUUGCAGCCGAUAAUAGAAUCGCGCCCCAAAAACCGCCACCUCUAAGCGCUUAGUUGUAAUAUUACAGACUAUAUUUUUGGAAGGAAGUGUAGUGUGAUAUUUUGGAUGGUAUACUCUUUUGUAAAUAGUUUUCAUCUAAUGUUUAUCGGUGUGUAGACGUCGAUGUAAAACAAACUUGUGGCUAAAGAACGUGACAGUUGACUGAGAUUUUAAUGAGGUGCAAUAUUUAUAUAUUUUCUUAAACGUCGAGGGUAUUUUUGGACCACUUUAUAAUAAAUUGGCGUCACAAAGGAAUAUUUUGUAAUGAACGCGCAAAUAUACAUAGCUGCAAAACAAAAGGUAUCGCGUCAUCGUUCUUUAGACACAAGAACUAUAGAUGCUCUAUUUUAGUAAUAUUAUGAUGAUGGAAGGUUUAUGGCUGUGUAGCUGUGAUUGGGCGAGCUCGAUCACAUCCAUCAGUAUUAUAAAUCAAUAUGGAAUAACAAAUAUGACGAAGGAACUUAGGUUAAGCUUAACUUAGCUUGAACUCUAAAAAUAGUACCUAUUUUAGCUACCAUCUAAUGAUUACGUCCGCCUUUACUCAGUAAUCCUUUGCUCACGUGUGUUUUAAAUUAUUGUUUAAUAAUGUAGAUCAGAAUAGAAAAUUAAACAUCUUUUUUUAAAUUAAUAAGGGUGACAAUCACUGAAUCAUUUUUAAACUACGUUAAGUAAUAUUUGGACUCGCAUUUAAUAAAUUACUACAGCGUCUUCAUUGUAUAACAUAAAUAUCAUUAAUUUGUAAAUAAUCAUUUAGUUUUAAGGAUAUUGCGGCCUCGUUUUUAACGGAAAGGUCCAAUCGUCUAAUCAAGUUAAAACUUCAAGGUUAUAGAAAUUCUCCUUUGAAUAGGCACAGAUUAUAUAGAAAGUAGAGAAUCCCUUUAACACAGACUAUGAAAACUAGAAUCCUAAUACGUAUAUUAUUACUAGCUACGACGUGUUAAUGACAUAGUUUAUUCUCUUCGUUGACUUUUACCAUUAAUAGCCAUUAAUAAAAUUAGCUUAUCUGCAUUUUACUUUAAAGUUUGUUUAGUAAUAUUUAUUUAGAAAUGUGGGUACUAUGACUUCUAACAGUUAUUAACAAGCAUUUUAAAAAACCUGCACUAUUAUCAUUGUAAGACAGUGUCUUUAACGUUUCUCAAUUAUUUAGUCAAACAACUUUUGGACAAAAUCAUCUAUUAAAUACAAAUAUAGACCACGGUUUAUAUCUAAUUGCAAGCUAAAGUUUUAUUUAAAAGCUCACAAAGUUUUUUAAACUAGAGACUGUUAGGCCUUUUAAGUUUGCAUAGUGUUAUUUUUCUAAUAAAAUAAUAUAGGACUAGCAUCUAUUGUUGUGAUUGUAGAUUUUAAUGAUAUUUAACACUAACGUACUUAUGCCAUUUUCUAGGCCAUGUCCCUGUUCGAACGUGAUAAAAACAAAAUCGUUUAAGUAUUCGUUUUUUUUAUAUUUUAUUUUGUGUUUAGAGUACAACAUAGUGUAGAUGGAAUAUAUCAAUAUGUUAGGAACGACUGGUCCAGUGCGCAGUGUAAAAAAUUAUUUUUAAUAUACACGGCCACGGCUAAAAUGAAUUUAAGCAUUCAUGAGUGGGACAUAAUCGAUAUUCGAUAGUAGCCAAAUUCAAUCAAAGUUAGACAAUGAGGAUAUUUAACCUUGGAAAUGCUCAAUCUUUGUCCACUUGCAUCAAAAUAAACGAGACAAUUCAUUUGAAUGCUUAAGUUUAUAAAAGUCUUAAUAGGGAAAUAUUUUUGAAUUAUGCAUCAUAAUUUUUAUAAUUUAAUAGAAAUUAUUUACUGAUGUUAUAAAAUUGUCUUAUAAUUAAUUUUAUCAACAAAAUAAUCGCAAAAUUAAGAGAGUAUUUUAAGAAAAACAGAUAUAAACAAUAUAUUUACUUAUUAUAUAAACGCCAAUGCGUAGAUAUUGUAUCAGCUUGUACCUUAAAACACAUUACAUAUAAAUGUUUCACGUCUACUUAAAUAAUUUUAAGAUGAUUAACGCGUUCAUAUUUUGAAUGUUAGGUAAAUGAAUCAGAAUUGCGUAAAGCUAUUAAAAGUGAGAGCUGGAAUUGUGAGUUCUGCGUGAAUCGGCCUUAAUGUAAUCAGAAUAAAAAUAGUUUUUAGAUAUGGACUUAUAACAGAUACGAUAUUAUAUGCAACGUCUAUUGUAUUAUAUAUAUAUAUUCCAAUAACCUAAACUCAAGAUAGAACUUGUAUCAGUAGGAUGUUGUCCCCUUAAAUGGUGUAGUACAAAACCUGUAUAUUAAAAUCGGAAUAUUAUUGCUAUAUUCGGUAUAAGCAUACUGUUUUAAAUAUAAUUGAUGUCUAUCGCUUCAAUUUAAAAAUGUUUGUAGUAGGGUGAAAUUGUCUAUAUGAAAAGGUGUUUGUGCACAACAUAAUUAUUCACGUGACAUUGAUUCACAAUAUAUACUGUUAAACUAAAUUGAAUAUUUUAAAUGCUUUAUAUAAUAAAAAAAUAUUAAUGUUUAAAAUUAUGGUGCGAACUAAUGUUUUCCCAGUUCCAAGAACAAAAUAAUUAUAAUUAAACUCUUUGAG